UGUCAAAAGGCAGGACGGGUUAACGCUGCAGCCACCGAGGGACGAGUUCGGCGAUUAAUUUCACGUCUACCUCAGGUUUUUUUUAUAUCUUGAAAUUUAAACGCUUUAUAUUUCCUACUGUUGAAUCAAAUGUUUGAGUAACGUUCGCGUUUAUAGGUGGUUACCGUUAGUUUUGAUUUGAAUUCAGCAGUGUAUGGGAACCAGCUAGCUUCCAGGACUAAACCAACUUCGGUUGAGCUAUUAUCGAUACUUCGACUGCUGGAGAGUUUUUAAACGUUUCUUUUAAAGACGCCGAAAAGCCCGUUAGUUCAAAAUGAGUACAGGUGUUCCGAAGCCGGCGAAUCCGUCGGCACAUGUCGACCCGAAAUCGGCUCCUCUCAAAGAAAUCCCAGAUGUACUGGUGGACCCACGCACCAUGAGAAGAUACACGAGGGGACGAUUCCUCGGAAAAGGUGGUUUCGCCAAAUGCUAUGAAAUCACAGAUGUGGAGACGAAGCAGGUUUUCGCCGGAAAAAUCGUACCGAAGUCCCUCAUCCUGAAGCAACAUCAGAGGGAAAAGAUGACCUCGGAAAUCGCCAUUCACAAGAGCCUCAACCACGCGAACAUCGUGGGAUUCCACGGGUUUUUCGAAGACGACGACUUUGUCUUUGUCGUUCUGGAAAUCUGCAGGAGAAGGUCUCUGUUGGAGCUGCACAAGCGACGUAAGGCUGUGACUGAGCCAGAGUGUCGCUACUACAUGACACAGCUGCUCAAGGGUGUCCAGUACCUGCACAACAACAGAGUCAUCCACAGAGACCUGAAACUGGGCAACAUCUUCCUUAAUGAUGACAUGGACGUCAAGAUAGGGGACUUUGGCCUGGCUACUAAGAUUGAGUUUGAUGGCGAGAGGAAGAAGACCUUGUGUGGAACACCUAACUACAUUGCACCGGAAGUGCUUUGUAAGAAAGGUCACAGCUAUGAAGUGGACGUCUGGUCACUUGGGUGCAUAUUGUACACUUUGUUGGUGGGUAAGCCCCCAUUUGAGACCUCCUGUCUGAAGGAGACCUAUAACCGCAUAAAGAAAAACAACUACACCAUCCCUUGGCACAUCAACCCAGCCGCGUCCUCCCUCAUCAAGCGGAUGCUCCAUGCUGAUCCUGCCCAGAGGCCUACCAUCGCUGAGCUGCAGGCGGACGAGUUCUUCACCUCUGGUUACAUCCCCUUACGUCUGCCCACCACUUGCCUCACUGUGCCCCCGCGGUUCUCCAUUGCCCCCUCCACAGCUACGGAGCUCAGCCAGAGACGCCCCCUGACUGCUAUUAACAACAAAGCAGGGACAGAGAAGGUGGACGUAAAGGACGAGCCUGUGCAAAGGGAGGCUGAGCCAUCAGAAAACCACCUGAAAGACAUGCUGCAGCAGCUCAACAGCAUCAUCGCUGCUAAGCCCUCUGAAAAGGCAGUCAUACGCCAAGAAGAGGCAGAGGAUCCUGCAUGUAUCCCCAUAUUCUGGAUCAGCAAAUGGGUGGACUACUCUGACAAAUAUGGAUUAGGCUACCAGCUCUGUGACAACAGCGUGGGCGUGCUGUUCAACGAUUACACGCGUCUGAUCAUGUACGCUGAUGGAGACAGCCUGCAGUACAUUGACAAGGCGGCAGCUGAAUCCUACCUCAGCGUGCGCUCUUUCCCUCCUGCUCUCAACAAGAAGAUAACACUGCUGAAAUACUUCCGCAACUACAUGAGCGAGCACCUGUUGAAGGCCGGUGCAAACAUGGCACGGCGGGAAGGAGAUGAGCUGGCGAGGCUGCCCUAUCUCUCCCUCUGGUUCAGAACAAAGAGCGCCAUCGUCCUGCACCUCACCAACGGCACUGUUCAGAUCAACUUCUUCCAGGACCACACCAAGCUGAUCCUGUGUCCACUGAUGGCCGCAGUGACCUACAUCGACGAGAAGCGAGACUUCCGCACCUACAAGCUGUCUCUGCUGGAGGAGUUCGGCUGCAGUAAGGAACUGGCCAGCCGCAUUCGCUAUGCCAAGCUCAUGGUGGAGAAACUGCUGGACAGCAAACCCUCCACUGCUGCACAUUAGACCACCUUUCCCCCCCCAAAGUCUUUAAUCACCAUCCCUGUCUUUAACCACCGGCCACUUCUCCCUGUCUGUCCAGCCUCUCAGAGGACGGGACAGACCGUUAAAUUUUCCCAUAUUUUAUUGAAGGGUCGCAGUGUAAUGAUUUUUAUGUCACCUUCUGAGGCUUUGACAUGUACCAUAAAAACUAAUAUUCUGUGUUGUACAUGAAAGUUGAAUUUCAGUCUCAGAUUUUUUUUUAAUCCUUUCCCCUAUUGUCAAUAGAAACUCUCACUCCAGCUCUUAUCUUAACUUUCUUGAUGAAGCUUACUCUUGACAAACACGUUCCUGCUGAUAUAAUCUAAGGUGGUGGGAUCGCUGACGGCACAGCACAGAUUUUGACGCUGUUCAAAUGAAUCUGUGAGGAAAAGAUGAAUGUUCAGUGUUCCCUGUGUUUGAAUCAUCACCUUGAAGUUGAAACGUUUCUCCGUGAUUCACUCUUCUUAUGGUUUGUUUGCAUUUGUUCACGUCUCUUGUCUUUGAACACCUAAAGCCGAGUGGACAAAUGUGUGGUGUGGAUGGAAAAAGCUUCUCUGCUCUGCUUUUGUCUGUUUUAUCUGUGUUGUAUGUAGAGAAAUGGACCAUGUCAAUAAGUCUUCAUCAUGUACAUUCUUCCUGUAGUUUUACUGUUUUUGUUUUUUUUUUUUAAUAUCUAUUUUAGAUGUCUCUUUCAACAAGAUGUACAAACUUGUACAUACUGCUGAAUAUGCAUACAUGUUGUAAAGAUGGGUUCAUUUUACCCAAGUUUAAAUAAA